GUCUCUGCCAAAAACCAAAACCAUGGACCAGUCUUGGAAGGCAAAGUGAGCCUUUAUGUAACCAACUUUGGCGUCUACUAGUUUUUCUUCCAUUUUUGGUCUUCUUAGAAUUUGAGCAAGGACUAACGACCUUCAGCAUUGUCUACGAAGAAAGCGUGUCUUCUGGGAGAGUUGGCCUACUAGUUGAAAUCAAGUAUUACUCCAGAGGAUUCAGGCUUUAAGGAAUCAAAUUUGUUUUCGUGUUCAACAUGGGAAGGGAGUUUCAUGAACAUUUUGAUGAUGUUGAAUUAGAGAGAUAUCAUCCAGGUUGCAUGGGUGGCAUAUUUAACGUUCUUGACAACCAUCAUUGGUAUAAUGUCAAAAAGAUGCUCCCACACAGAAAGUACAACAGAGGAAGACACACCAGAUGCUGUGCAAAUCCACAAACUAUUUCUAUGGAACGUGAACCUGUUGGAACCCAAGGAUUAUUAGAUGGUGAGGCGGGUCACAUCCAAGUUCAACAGCAAACAAGAAAAACAGGCUCAACCAACAAAAGCUCUGGUAAAGCCUCCACGAAGGGGUUAACUGGUAAAGAAAAGCCUAAGGAAGAGAACCAUAAACAUUGGAUUUCGGGCUUUUCUGCAAGACCACAGUCGCAGCAAGAUGGUUCAACCCAUCAUCUGGAACCUUCAGGUUUUGGUCUAGGUUGGAUGAAUCCAAUUAUUCUCAUCCGCAAGAAAGCUGACAACUCUGAUGCGAGCUCGACUUCCUCUCCGCCAGAGACCCUGAGGAAACAAGUUACAAGGAGUAAGAAGCCUGAUAUCUCUGAAAGAGUGAAUACAGACAGCCACUUGGAGUUAGAACAUAAAGAGAAUUCUGGAAAGCAUGCUAGUAUCCAGAAUAAGUUUGAUAAAGGAAAGGGAACCAGAACCUUAACAAAUCAGAAGCCAAUGUCUAAGAAGAACAACGAAGAAGUUUCAUACAAUCAGGUAAAGGAGGGCAUGGAUGUUUUGGAGAUAUUUAAGAUAAACCAACAUUUAUUCCUAGAUAUUCUUCAGGAUCCUGAGGUUGGUAUUUCACAGCAUUUUCCUGGGAAGCAAACUCCGAAGACAGCAAAAUUAACCAAAUCAGGGUCAUUUCCAUUACCUGAUUCACCUCGCACUGGAUAUCUUAGGUCUGGUACACUUGAGCACAAGCAGAAGGAAGUUUGGUCUUUCAGAAAAGGAGAAAAAGCACUCGCUGCUUCUCAAUUAUCCAAGUCAAGGGCUUUGAGAACUGAUGAUGGUUUUAGGAGAAUCAUAACAGAAGAAGCUAGCUCUUCAUCCCAGGGAUAUGAUUCCCAAAGGUGGAAUCAUUUAGUUAUGAAUCGUCUCAAGGAUAUUAAGAAGAGAAUAAAGCAGGCCCUCAAGGAAAGAAGAAAGAGUAUUAACCACACAAUGGUGGAUGGACACACCCUCCAGGUUUCUUCAAGAGAUACAAUAACCACAAAUGAGGGAGAGAUGUCCGGAAGCUUGGAAAAGACAACUAUGGAGCAGGAUAGAACAAACAAUUUCAAUCAUGCUCAUCACACCGAUGCUUCUGAUCCUGAUACCAGCAAUGGUAGACGCAAGAGGAUAAGAAGAACAAAGUCUAUAGAUGAGUCACUAGAUAGAUAUACUCAAUUGUUGCAGCAUAGUGUAAGCAAAGAAGCUGAUUUGCAUCACUCUAAGAGCUUAAAAUUGCCCACAGAAGACAAAGUUUCAUCAAGAGGACGUGCUCCGAAAUUUUUCAGAAGGAUUUCCUCUCUAUCCGAUCUUGAGUCCUUUUGCUCCCUUCUACAUGAGGUGUCUCGUGAUGCUCUUUCUUCAGAGAUGCCUAUUAGGAGUAUCCUAAAUUAUGAUGCAAACAAGGAAAGUGAUGCACAUAAUGAUCCAAAAUCAAUUAGUUUUCCUGAAGAUAUAGAUAAAUUUGAACUAGUAGAAGCUGUUAUAGAGGCUGAAUUGCAGAAAAAAAUGACAGAAGGAAAUAACCACAGUCCAACUGGUUUAUUAGUGGAUAGAAAUAGUGAAGAAAUUGCUAAACCAUGUGGCUUCGAUGAAGAUAUAAUUGAGCUGGCAAUGGAGAAAAGCAGUCCUCACCAAGAGCAGGAGACUGUCUUUGCAGUCAAUCCAAGCAGAGAACUUGCACAACCAACUUCUGAUUUAAAAGACAUAACCAGCGGGGCAGAAUGUUCAAUCUCAGAAGGUCUAGGAUUGAAUCGUCCAAACCUUCCUCAAAAUGAAGCAGAGUCUUUUACCUUCUUAAAAGAUCACAGGCGCACAAUAAGCCGCCAAAGUGUUGAAUAUGAAACCGUUGAAAUCAGCAGUCGCUUCCUGUUCUUUGAAUCAGAUAAAGAGGAUGACCCUUGCUACAAUUAUGUUAGAGAUGUUCUUGAGCUCUCAGGCUUCAUACAAAAUGACUGCCUCCAGACAUGGUACUCACCAGACCAACCAUUGAACCCUUCUUUGUUCAAGGAAUUGGAGACUUUCUUGCAUGAUGAACCGGAAUACUCCGUUGAGGAAGUUGGAAGCAACUGUGAUCACCAGCUUGUUUUUGAUCUAGUUAAUGAGGCACUUCUUGAGAUCAGUGAAAAAUCACCUAUAUAUUUUCCAAAGCCCUUCUCCUUUAACUGUCGUAUUAGUCCAGUGCUCAAGGGCGACAAUGUUCUUCAAGAGGUGUGGACAAAAGUCAGCAGGAACCUUGCCUCCCAACCAGAAUCUGACCAGUCAUUGGAUGAUAUUGUAGCUCGAGAUUUGGCCAAAGAUGCUUGGUUGAACCUUCAAGCCGAAUCAGAAUUUGUGGCACUUGAGCUAGAAGAUUUAAUUUUUGAUGAGCUUUUAGAUGAAGUUCUUUGUUUGUGAGACACUAGUUCAGGCCAAAUAAAUUGCUUCCUCAAAUCCGGGUUCAAAAAUACAUGAAUUUCGCCAUUCAUUAACUGUGGGUUCUUGAUGAAACCCAUGUUCAUGAAUGAACAAGAUUUCAUAAUUGUCGGAUAUAUACCCUUGAAUUGGCCAGCUUUGUACAUAAAACUUUGUUUUUUUUUUUUAAUUUUUAUAUAAUUAAUGUUUCAUAUUUUUUGUAGAGGCCACUAUCAGCAUGAUUGUCACUCUUUCAUAGCUUAUAACAAUUAUCCUAUAGA